AUGGCUACAAGUGCGGCAACGACGGAAGAUGUGCUAGAAGAAAAUGGGAAUACGGGUGCUGUAUCGUCUGAAAUCUCACUUCCACAACCAACUGCUACGUUGUCUCAUCUACUACCAAUUCCUUCUGCAUCACAUUCAUUGACCAAGACAACAGAGAACACAGCACAUAAAACCCUAUUCUCAUAUUCUUCAACAUUUGGUUUGCCUUUCAUAGCAACUCCAACAAUUGGCAAGACAAGGAUCAAUGGAUCGGAAAAGGCAGCAAACAAGACUACCAUUAUUCAACCAUCUACAACAUUACACACCUCCACAACUGAUGCUUCUGAAGCUUACCUGUUACAGACUGGUGCGACACUAACGAAUUUAGAUGCUUCUGGAGCUUACCUGUUACAGACUGGUGCGGUCUACUAUCUUCUCAUUAUGUUGCUGAUUUUAAUGGCUGUACACAAGCUUCUAGAAAACUAA